AUGACCAAACUAGCCCUGACACCCAGGGAUCUGAGCCUCUGCCAUGGUCAGGAGCUGAGCAGAGACUCGGAGCUGCAGGACUGGAAGAAGGUGGAAGUCUUUGGGUUGAAUGACACUGAAGCCUGGAGAUGGGAGGUGACUUGCUCACAGUCACACCAUUGGAUGGGGACAGAGCUCAAGCCCGGAGUUCCUGAUUCUGAUUCCCUGUGCUUUAUGGGACCAAAUCGUGGGCACUUGCUAAAUUCUGGGCUCUGUGCUGCUCCAGACCUCCCCGUAGAGGGGAGUCCCAGGAAAAGGGCGCAGGGCCUGCGCCAGGCCUGUCAGUGCUGCUCAGACCCUCGUGGCCGCUCUUGUCGUUGUUUGCUCCCCCUUUGCCGUCACCAGCCCGGCACCUGGCCUUGA